UAAAAACAAAUUUGAAAUAAAAUUUGCCCAUUAUUAGCUUUUAGAAAUGUUAUAGCAGAGAACGUAAAAUAGAUAUACGUUCUCUGAUAGCAAUGCCCCAAGUUAUAUGGGUAAUUUAUUUUCAAAUAAAUGCAUGAUUUCUAUAAACAUCUGGUAGCGCGCAAUCAUCUAUCAGUUGGCAGUGCAGAAGUAUUGACGUUUGCUUUUCGACAACAUUCGUAAAUAUUUACAACAGAGAUCGCUGACAGGAUAUGUCUGAAUGGCUUUAACUAAGUUCUGAUAUCGAGAUACAAAGGAAACCUUUGGUGACUAAACAGUGGUAAUAAUCUAUAAUUUGUAAUAACGACAAGUCUACAUAACUCUGUUUAUGCACAUAUAUACAACUCUUUCCAAUUUACAUUGCGCUGCCGAUUCUCUUUGUCUCAUUUGCCGAGUUGACAAGUGUUUAUUAUCAAAAUUUUUUGUGAAAACAACGGGGAGGAAAUGCUUAGAAACCGAGAGAAUUUUGUGGAACUUUGUAAAGGUUUGAAAUUGCCGCUUAAUGGUGAAAUUUGUAGCAGCACGGAAGUACUUGUGAAGCAUAUUUAUGAGAAAUAUUUUGAAAGAAGAAUUUCGGAAGCCGAUCAGCCACCAUGGCGUGAUUCCACUAAUAACCUGUGUAAAUCACUACACAUAUCAUCCAAUCAGACACGUUUUAUAAAACCCAGUGAAAAUGAUGUAUGGAUAUUUGGCUAUGGUUCGCUCAUAUGGAAACCAGACUUCCCCUUCAUUGAUCGAAAACGUGGCUACAUACGUGGUUACCGUAGAUUAUUCUACCAAAAUAGCAUCGAUCAUCGGGGCACGAAAAUACGUCCGGGUCGUGUUGUAACGCUACUACCGACCGUUAGUUUAGAAAGUCGUGUUUAUGGCAUAGCUUAUCGUAUUUCCGAGGAGCAUCGUGAGGAAGUUUUGGCACAUUUGGAUUAUCGCGAAAAGAAUGGUUAUGAACGUUGCGAUUUACAAUUCUUUGAGUAUCCAGAAGAUUUGGAGAAUCACUUUGGUAUUACAAUGUAUAUAGCGACACCGGAUAAUUCAUCGUAUGCAGGAAACAUGUGGCAAAUACCAGUGAUAGCGCAACAAAUAUUCACAGCUGCCGGUCCAAGCGGACCGAAUCGUGAAUACCUCUUCAAUUUGGCCAAUGCCAUGCGUGAACUCUUCCCAGGCGAAAGAGAUCGUCAUUUAUUUGAAUUGGAAUCGGAAGUAAAACAACUAAUCGAAGAGUAUGAGCCGAAAUUGCUAGAGAAGGCUUUAAAGAAUGAAAUUGUAGAAAUUAUUGAGACGGGCAAUACAGACGGCGAUGUGCGCGAGACGGUAAGAGAUGUGGAACAUUUAUACGAAGUAUGCACACAACCUGGUUGGCGUGAGGAUUUUCUGGUUAAGGAAUUGGAUAGCCUUAAGCAACUACUAGAUUCACUUCAAAUCAAAAAGAGUAUUAGCACUCAAAUUGAAAACGUUCAGGACACAAACUCUUAAAACUAAU